AUGGAUCUCGCCAUCGACUUCGAGGCCGCGCGCCUCGCGAACAUGCAAGAAAAACAAAAGCUGCUCGAGUCACUCAACUUACUUACCUCGAACGUAAAACCAGGAGACCUGGAUGCAAGGGAGACGAAAAAGCCGCCCGCAAAGAGACGGAGAGGAGCCACCAGUCCCAGCCCAGCGCUGAAGCCGCCAUCCAGGACAUCUGCUCGAAUCGCCGCGGCGGGCGGCCAUGUGUCUUACAACGAGGACACCAAAGGCCCAGUCGACAUAGACAAAGCCAUGGACGACCGCUCAUCGCGAGGAACAAGGACCAGAAACACUCGCAAGGCCCGAACCUCUCGCCGUGAUCAUCACUCUGACGCAACCCAACGCGCCUCAUCAAUCCCAAAGCCCCUCUCGCCCCUGCUACCCACCGACCUCCCCUCUCUCAUUCAGUACUACAACUCGUGGACGCCCUCGGCGGGUCCGCCGACGCAGGACCCGGAAACGCAGGGCUACCACUUCGCCUCGCACCCGGCGUUCCGGCCCAACAAGUCGCCGCUGGACAUCCUCCAGGAGGGCGCCUUCGGGGGCAGCUUCUUCGCGCCGUGGCACAGCCGCACGCUGGGGCUGACGCUGGCGGACGACCACCUGGCGACGCUGCCGGCGGGGUGGCUCGCGACGCUGCAGCCGGCGGAGAAGUACAUCACGGCGGCGCGCUACGAGGCCACGCUCAACCGCCACGGCCGGGCGUGCGGGCAGACGCUGGCGCAGUGGGAGGCCGCCGGGUGGCUCGACUUCCGCCACGACCCGCGCGGCUGGUUCGAGUGGUACAUCCGCUUCUGGCUCGGGCGGCGGCUCGACGACGGCGAGGACGAGCGGCAGGUCGGCCGGUGGCUGAGAUGCGUCGGCCCCCGGGGCCGGUGGAGGAGGAUGCUGCUGAAGAAGUAUGUCGAGAUGGGGGUGCGGAGUGUUUUUGACGACGGGGGUGGCGACGACGAUGACCCAGGGGCCGGUGACGACCAGCACGAGAGCACGGUCAGUCCGGUCAUCCACCAGACUUGUCUGCAGUGGGGGUAUCAGGUCACACAGGAGGACUUGGACGAUGCGUGGCGCGAGAGGAGGGGAGGAGCAGGAUAA